UAAUGUCAGAGGAGUUCACAGGGAUAUAAAAGGCGGUUAGGGCGGCGAAUACAGGCAGGUUUGAAUUCUCUCACAAGGAGGUAAACCUUAAAAGAAUGUCGUGGUUGUGGUUGCUGGCGGCCGCAGUUCUUGUGGUGGUAGUUGACACCCGCGAUGAGGUUCGGGCUCGGCGAUCAGACGACCCUUCGCCACUGCAGUCUGUGGUGGAGGAUCUGUCCCGCCAGGUGUCCGACCAUCAGGCGCGUCUGACGGCUGUAGAGAGAACAUGCAGAACUGCUGUUUGGAAUGUGGCCUUCCACACUCAUCUAAGGGACGACACCAUCAGCAUCCUUCCCACUGCCACGAUCAUCUACAACACCGUCCUCACCAACAUCGGCAACGCGUACGAUGACCGCACCGGCAUGUUUACGGCCCCCGUCGCUGGCACUUACAGCUUCACCAUCACCUGCAUGGCGGUCGUCGGCACCAGUCUCCCUCGACAUCAUCGUCGACAACAAUGCCGUAGCCACCUGCUGGUCCACAAGCUCCACAACUUCGGAGCUGGGCAGCACAACGGUUACAGUGCACCUGUUAACGGGGAAGAGAGUAUGGGUGCGCCAAGGCACUGCAGACACUCAGAUGCGGGGUACCGUGUGGGCGGUGUUCUCGGGCUUUCUCAUCAAUGCUGACACCUAACUACGGCAGACUGGAAGGACAGCGACCGAUCGGAGCAUCUUCUGGCAGGACAAGGGACAUCCUUAUUUUCUUAAAAAUAGUAUCAGCGUGUGUUUAUUUCAUGUACACCAUAUUUAGCUUGUGAUCCAAAAUAUGAUUACAUUUUUGCUUCGAGAUAAAAAGAUUGUAUUUUGAAUGUUUCAUCAAUCUUGGAAUUUUUUCCAAACAUCUUAACUUCUUUUCUCUCAGUAUUUUCCAUUAUUCAUUAAGUAUUAAAGAGGAGGAGGAAAAAAGAUUUGUAUGCACCAUAUGUAACUAGGAUAAAACACUGAGCAUUGCAUCUUAUGCACACAUACCGUCAUAUAUAGAACAGCACAGAAUUAAAAUAUAGCGAGGUAUAUUUCCUAGUUUUUGCCAUUUAUGAACCACAGUCCGCAGCCUGUUUCGCUGUUGCUUGUGUGUAUAAAGUACAUUCCUAAAUAAAUCAGAUGAAAAGUAUACUUGGUCUGGAU